AUGGCCAGUGCCACUAGACUGUUUAAUUCUCAGAAGCGCAGUCAUUACUUUGUACGUAAGAACAGAAUUUCUAAGAAAUUAUUCUUUAGGUCAGAGGGAGUCGACGGUGGGUAUCUGGGGAGCCCCUCGAGGGCAGGGAGGCUGUCAAACGAAACAUGGCAAAACGCGGCGUGCCGGAAGACCGUGCGACACGGUGUCUUCAUCGCGUGUGCAAGCAGCGGGUCCGUCCCCGUGUUGUCGGCCCUGUUCGCCUCCUGCCGAAAGCACGAAAGGAGGAUUUUGGGGCCUUUGGGGCCGGAAGGAGGAGAUGUUAAUGGUGAUGGCACCAGAGGGUGGCUGACGGGGGGUGACCCGGGCAGAGACCUGGCCGCAGAUUACUUCUUGACACUUGAUGAACCUAUGAAUAACAUAACUACCACCCUUGGCCAGACCGCAGAGCUGCACUGUAAAGUCUCUGGCAAUCCUCCUCCGACGGUCCGUUGGCUGAAGAACGAUGCUCCGGUUGUCCAAGAACCCCGGAGGAUCUCCUUCCGUGCCACAAGCUAUGGGUCUCGACUGCGAAUAAGGAACCUUGACACUACAGAUACCGGCUACUUCCAGUGCGUUGCAACUAACGGCAGAAAGACUGUUUCUACAACUGGCGUGCUGUUUGUAAAAUUCGGUCCCCCGCCAACAGCAAGUCCGGGAUCAUCGGACGAGUAUGAAGAGGACGGGUUUUGCCAGCCCUACAGGGGAAUCGCUUGCGCACGGUUUAUUGGAAAUCGAACCAUUUAUAUGGAGUCUUUGCAUAUGCAAGGGGAAAUAGAAAAUCAGAUUACAGCUGCCUUCACCAUGAUUGGCACUUCCAGCCAUUUGUCGGAUAAAUGCUCCCAGUUUGCUAUUCCUUCGCUGUGCCAUUACGCCUUCCCCUACUGCGAUGAGACUUCAUCGGCUCCCAAGCCACGAGACCUCUGCCGCGAUGAAUGUGAAAUUCUGGAAAAUGUCCUGUGUCAGACAGAGUAUAUUUUUGCAAGGUCUAAUCCCAUGAUUCUGAUGAGAUUAAAGCUGCCCAACUGCGAAGAUCUUCCCCAGCCAGAUAGCCCCGAAGCUGUCAAUUGUAUCCGGAUUGGGAUUCCAAUGGCAGAUCCCAUAAAUAAAAAUCACAAAUGCUACAACGGCACAGGAGUAGAUUACCGGGGGACGGUGAGCGUGACCAGGUCGGGGCGGCAGUGCCAGCCGUGGAACUCGCAGUACCCCCACACGCACACCUUCACCGCCAUCAGGUACCCCGAGCUCAACGGGGGCCACUCCUACUGCCGCAACCCAGGGAACCAGAAGGACGCCCCGUGGUGCUUCACCUUGGAUGAGAACUUUAAAUCUGAGCUUUGUGACGUCCCGGCAUGUGAUUAUAAGGAUUCCAAGGAAAAGAAUAAAAUGGAAAUCCUGUAUAUCCUGGUGCCAAGUGUUACUAUUCCCCUGGCCAUAGCCUUGCUCUUCUUCUUCAUCUGCAUCUGUCGCAACAAUCAGAAGUCUUCCUCCCCUCCCGUGCAAAGACAGCCGAAGCACGUAAGAGGGCAGAAUGUGGAGAUGUCGAUGCUCAACGCCUAUAAACCAAAG